AGGCAUGGGAUAGCGAAUCGGACCCAGGAUAGCUAGCUAGAAUCGAUAAAGAUGGCGACAGCGAGAGACACCGAAGAUAAAAUUAUUAUCGCUAAUAAAAAUAAGACAUAUUUAUUCAGAUAGGUGCAGAAAGGAUACCUUUAUAACAAAAAUAUACGGUUGCAUUUUGUUUUUAACUUAAACUCCCGACUGCGCAAGCGAUUUGUUUUCAGAGGAGCUCCACAGUUCUAUGUCAAGUUAGCUGUGUUGGCUAGCUAGCCUGAUUGGAUCUCAAUCGCUUAUGGAUUUCUAGGAUCAGGACGAAUGUCGUUUGACUGAAAAUCGACUUUACGCGGGAUUGAAUUAGCUACAAAUUGUUCAUGAACCGAUUGGAUAACAUCGUUUAUUUUACGUUGGGAACAUAGCCAUUCCGCUGGCCCGGUGACACGGAGAGUGUCGAGUCGGAGUGCCUGACCGUCAUGUAUUUUUUAACUGGCUGGCCCCGGAGGCUACUUUGUCCACUGAAAAGUGAAGAGGAACCGUUUCAUAUUCAUCCCAACUCACAGAGGUUUUACUUCGCUGUGUUGUCAGAGACUCAACUAAGCAUCUGGUUUAGUCGGCCCAGUGUUAUGAUAGUGAGCUACAUAGAGUCAGUGAAGGCAGCAGCUCAGUUUGGCUUCUAUCAGCAGGCCGAAUGGAAGCCGGACGAUUCCAUGAUAGCAGUGGCGGCUGCCAAUGGCUACAUCCUCAUGUUUGACGUGGUGGGAGGAGGAGAGGACAAGUAUCUUUAUGAGCCAGUCUAUCCCAAAGGGAGUCCGCGUGUCAAGGUCACCCCAGGUUAUAAAGAAGAGCAGUGUGCCCCCGCUCUCAGCCUGGAGAUGAAGAGACCCAUAGAUCUGGAGGCUCCCAUCACCAGUAUUAAGUCUCUUCAGGAGGACUUGUUGGUGUCUACAGCUGAUGGCUACCUCCACAUCCUCCACUGGGACGGAGUCAGCAAUGGCCGGAAGGCUAUCAGUCUCUGCACCGUCCCCUUCUCCCUGGACCUUCAGUCAGCACGCGGUGGUCCGUCUCUGGAUCUGGAGGGGCUGUACAUCAGAGACAUGGAGUACUGUGUGACUCUGGAUGGCUUUGCUGUGGUGCUUGACGACGGGAGGCUGGGAUUCAUCAGUCCUGUAGCCAGCAGGUUUACCGCGGAACAGCUGCAGGGCGUCUGGGCAGCAGACGUAACAGACGGAACGUGUGUGGCGGUCAACAAUAAGUACAGGCUGAUGGCGUUUGGUUGUGCCAGUGGCUCAGUAUUGGUAUACAUGAUUGACACCACCACAGGAUCCAUGCAGCUCUCCCACAAGCUGGAGCUCACCCCGAAACACUUCCCUGACGUGUGGAACAAGACCGGCGCGGUGAAGCUGAUCCGCUGGUCCCCCGACUACAGCGUUGCCAUGGUGACCUGGGAGUACGGCGGGCUGUCUUUAUGGAGUGUGUUCGGAGCACACCUCAUCUGUACACUCGGGGAGGACUUUGCGUAUCGGUCAGACGGCACUAAGAAGGAUCCUAUAAAGAUCAGCUCUAUGUGCUGGGGAGCGGAAGGCUACCACCUGUGGGUCAUCACCAGUAGAGAGGAAGCAGAGCUUGUAGAGAACAUGGAGGGGGCUCCACCUCCUACCCAGACCAAGCAGGCGGGCAUACUGCAGUUCCACCUCAUCAAAAGCGCCCUCACCGUUAACCCCUGCACGAGUAACCAGGAGCAGGUUUUACUACAUGGGGAAGACCGUCUGUACCUGACCUGUGGUGACCCCACCCAGGUCCCAUCCAGCAGCUCCGACGGCCCUAACACCCCUCACCCCCAUAACCUCGCCCAUGGCCUGGAGGGCAGCCCCCUUCACCAUCGUUCCGCCCCCUCACCCAACUCCAUCUCUCAGGGACUCAGCACUUUACUGGGACACAAGCACUGGCACGUGGUCCAGAUUCACAGCACAUACCUAGAGAGUAAUUGGCCUAUACGGUUUGCAGCCAUAGACACAGCAGGCCAGUGCAUAGCGGUGGCAGGGAGACGUGGCUUUGCACAUUACUCCAUGUCCACCAGGAAAUGGAAGCUGUUUGGGAACAUCACUCAGGAGCAGAACAUGACCGUGACAGGGGGGCUGGCCUGGUGGAACGACUUUGUCGUUGUUGCCUGUUACAAUUUCACCGACCGGCAAGAAGAGCUGCGUCUGUACCUCCGGUCGUCCAACCUGGACAAUGCCUUCGCCUCCGUCACCAAGCUGCACUCUGACACCCUGCUGCUCAAUGUGUUCAGAGACCUGAUCGUCCUCUUCAGAGCAGACUGCUCCAUCUUCCUCUACAGCAUCGAGAGGAGGCACGACGGGCCCAACCCGUCAGCCUGUGUUGAGCUGCUUCAGGAGGUGUCCAUGUCCCGCUACAUCCCCCAUCCUGCCCUGGUGGUGUCUGUCACCCUCACCUCUGUGCGCACAGAGACUGGCAUCGCGCUUAAAGCCCCACAGCAGGCCUGUAUGGCAGAGAGCAUCAUGCUGAACCUGGCUGGCCAACUCAUCAUGCUACAGAGAGACCGUUCUGGACCACAGGUACGAGAGAAGGAAGACCAGAAGAAACUGCUGCCGUUCUGUCCUCCCGUGGUUCUGGCUCAGUGUGUCGAGAAUGUGUGGACGACGUGUCGCAGUAACAAGAAGAAGCGCCACCUACUGGAGGCUCUGUGGCUGUCCUGUGGCGAGGCCGGAAUGAAGGUGUGGCUGCCCCUGUUCCCGCGGGACCACCGUAAGCCCCACUCGUUCCUGUCCCGGCGCAUCAUGCUCCCCUUCCACAUCAACAUCUACCCCCUGGCCGUGCUGUUUGAAGAUGCCCUGGUGCUGGGGGCAUCUAAUGAGACCGUGCUCUACGACGGCCUGCAGGGUCCCAGAGAGGGCCGGGAGCCUCUUGAGGUGACGUUCCCUUACUGCACGGUGGAGAGGACCUCCCAGAUCUACCUCCACCACAUCCUGCGCCAGCUACUCGUGCGUAACCUGGGAGAGCAGGCCCUGCUCCUGGCCCAGUCCUGCGCGGCGCUCCCCUACUUCCCCCACGUCAUGGAGCUCAUGGUCCACGUGGUGCUGGAGGAGGAGGCCACCUCCCGGGAGCCCAUCCCCGACCCGCUGCUGCCCACCGUGGCCAAGUUCAUCACCGAGUUCCCCCUGUUCCUCCAGACCAUCGUGCACUGCGCCAGGAAGACAGAGUACGCCCUGUGGAACUACCUGUUUGCUGCCGUGGGCAACCCCAAGGAUCUGUUUGAGGAAUGUCUAAUGGCUCAGGACCUGGACACAGCAGCAUCCUAUCUCAUCAUACUGCAGAACAUGGAGGUUCCGGCGGUGAGCAGGCAGCACGCUACGCUGCUCUUCAACACGGCUCUGGAGCAGGGCAAGUGGGACCUCUGUCGUCACAUGAUCCGAUUCCUCAAGGCCAUUGGCUCUGGGGAGAUGGAGACCCCGCCUCCAACACCAACCACUCAGGAACCCAGUUCCACGGGAGGCUUCGAGUUCUUCAGGAACCGCAGCAUCAGUCUGUCCCAGUCAGCUGACGGCAUCGCUGCUGGGAAGUUUAACCUUCAGAAGACCUUUAGCAUGCCCUCCGGGCCCUCCACUAAAGGGUCUGAGCGAUGGAGUAAGGACAGUGACUGUGCUGAGAACAUGUACAUAGACAUGAUGUUAUGGCGUCACGCCCGGCACCUGCUGGAGCAGGUCCGCCUCAAAGACCUAGGCUGUUUCUCCGCCCAGCUGGGCUUCGAGCUGAUUGGCUGGCUGUGCCGCGAGCGCACCCGGGUAGCGCGGCUCGAUGACUUUGUCAUGGCGCUGAAGUGUCUCCACAAGGACUUCCUCUGGCCGUUUCCUGUCAUCCCAGCGUGCUCGACCAGCUCGCCCUUCAAGGACGGACACCGCAAGACGGUGCUGAGCCAGCGGCUGCUAAAGUCCCAGUCAGCAGACAGCCUGUUGAACAGUGACAUGGACACAGCGCCCCCGCAGGCUUCAGCACGCAACAGCAACCACACCUGGCUGGACGGUCUCGGGGCGCUGGGGCCGGAGCCUAAAGAGAUGAACACAUCCUCUUCCCACGGGGGGCCACAGACACAGGAGGCCUUCCUCUCUCCACUCACUAACAAAACGGAGGAGUGCAGUAUCGGUUCGGCCACAGACCUGACAGAGACCAGCAGCGUGGUGGAUGGAGACUGGACCAUGGUGGAUGAGAACUUCUCCGCUCUGAGUCUGACCCAGUCUGAGCUGGAACACAUCUCCAUGGAGCUGGCUAACAAGGGGCCUCACAAGUCUCAGGUCCAGCUACGCUACCUGCUGCAUGUGUUCAUGGAGGCGGGCUGUCUGGAGUGGUGUGUUGUGAUUGGUCUGAUCCUGAGAGAGGCCACGGUCAUCAAGCAGGUGGUCAACUUCCUGGACAGCCCAGAGGUUCCUCCUGAGACCGUCCAAAGUAUCCGCUCCGGCCUGCUGGGAGUCGAUGCGUGGGCCUCCACAGACUGCCUGGGCUAUAAACCCUUCUUGAACCUGAUCCGGCCCCAGCUGCAGAAGCUAAUAGAGACUGCUGUGGAGCAGGUCCAGCCUGAAGCCUUCCAGCCAGGGGCUUCCAACCCCAACUCCAAGCUGACUGAGCCCCAGCCCGGAUGCCCCAGGGCGGAGGACAGUAGAGGGCCUGCUCCCUUGGGCCUGGCCCUGCCCUCGGAGCCCUCUGGAGGGUUAGUGACAGAGGACGGAGGAGCUCCAGAGGAGCAGGAGGAGCAGGCGGCGGACGAGGGGGCGUAUGACUGCACCCUGUCCUGACGUGCCCUGUCCUGACCUGGGUCGUGUUCAUUAGCCACCAAAACGGAAGACAAUGGGCUGAAACAGGGAGGGACUACAUAAAACAUUUUUGCUACGGUGUGUGUGCCCUAAUGACUACAGCCCUGUCCUAACCUCUGACCUUGCUGGGCAGGUGAAGGGGUGUGGUGCGGGUGUGUGAUGGGACACAGGAUGAGAAAGAAGAGGAGGAGGAGGAAGGGAUCCUCAAAGACUGAAUACUCUGCAUUGUGGGUCUCGAACCAGUUAUGUUGGCUGAUGUGGACCCAGAUAUGUUACAUCGACCAUGAGUGUGUGUGUGUGUGUGUGUGUGUGAGAGUAUAUGCUUGUUUAUGUGAGGCUUUUGUGUGUUACCAUACUUUGGGUGUGAAACACAAGGAAGCUCUCUCUUUGUUUCUCUCCUGUCCGCAUACUCAUCCAUCCCGGUGCUGGAACAGGGUCUGAGUGAGUGGAGUAGGUUGAGUGUCAGUAUUAUGGACUUGAGUCACUGCAAACAGCGCUUGCCAGGACACAGCCAAUUCAUAGCACCCAAACAAAAACACCUAAGAUAUCUGUACGACAGGUGGUUCAAACCUCUACGUUUAUUCUACUUCCUAUGUGUUCCUUUUUAAAGAAUUUGAUCAUUACGAGUUUGGGCUCGUCAGGCUUUAUUCUGGAAUGAAAGUGUCCGAGCACAAAGCAGGCAGUUUGUUGCAAUUUAGCUUUUUACCAAAAUGUGCUUUUCAGAUCAGAGAAUUGCUCGCUGUCUGUGUUGUGGUCUCGGCUAGGCUUUAGUGACCGUCUAGGUAUAAAUGUAUACUGCUUCGGCUGGCUUUUCUGUGUGAUGUGAGCGAAUUCCCAGUCAGAUCACCGUGGCGACUUGUUAGGGAGAGCACAAGGAACAAAAAGCAUCCGUGAUAUUCUCCCGAGAGACAAACAAAUCUUUUAUUGGCAGCCAUUCCACAGAACUGAACAGUUAUACCUUUAUUUUUGUCUAUUGUACUUUUUCGUGGAGUAAGUUCAAGUAUAACUUUGGUACUUCUGUCAAGAAACCGCCCCUGAAACCCACGUACGGUGUUGCCGGGACAUUUUAUGAAAUGCGUGUGUUGUGCACGGGGAGGGGUCUCAUAUUUUCAUACCUCGGGGUGUACAGUGGAUUUUAAAGGUGGUUUAUGAUACCUUUGUCAGUAAUGUGGAGGUGUUCUUCAACAUCCAUAGCAUUCAUUUAGGAAUGUCCCCUUAUUACGAUGCUAGACUGUGGCGUGAGAACGCUCUUGGUCAAGGGCGAAGACGUGUCUGUGAUGACCUGGAUUGGUCAUGUAUGUUGAGGAGGGCCUGAUAAGCCCUCAACCGGGGGGCCGGUAGCCCCGAGGUUAGAGCGUUUGGGCCAGUAAGCGAAAGGUUGCUGGUUUGAAUAGCGGAAACCGACAAGGUGAUAAAAAUCAGUUGCUGUGCCCUUGAGUAAGGCACUUAACCCUAAUUGCUCCUGUUGCGCUCUACGAUUGUGACCCCACUCCCUGCGGGACACUCGAGGGGAGUUCGGAUAUGCCAACAACAACAACAAACAUCUCCAUUUCAUACGUGUGUAACAGAACAAAUAUAAGCACCCCUCAAAUGAAUUCAAACAAACCAUGACUGUCUAACCAUAUCUGAGGACAAACCACAUUUAUUACGAUGAUCAUGACCUGCAUCUUCACACACAUACUUGGCUCGAGAAUUGAAACAUUACUGCUCAAUUAAUUGGCUUCGGUCCUGUGGAGGAUCCAAUGGGGGAAGCCAACCUUAGGAGAAACAAAGCUUUGUUCAUUCACCUUUAUAUUGAUAUACCAGAGUUCACUUUUAUUCACCCCUUUGUAAAGACAAAAAAAAACUUGUUUAACUUAACGUCAUAUAUCGUUAUCGUUUUUAAGGUAGGAUUGUGUUUUAUCUCCUAUCAGUGAUCUUUGUCUUUCCUUGGGAAUUGCUGUGGAGUUGAAGAGGUCCUGGGCUCUUUACUGAAUACAGAAUACGUCCCAUAGUUUCUAUAAGGACCUAGGUCUAUAAUGUCUUGGUCGUAAUCACCGUGGUAACAUACCAAAACCUUGAUCACAAGCGGUGAUACUGAUAACAAUGACUUUAGGAGAAUCUCCAACUCCGAAGCGGCUGUGUGUGUACGAUGUACCUGCAAAGACCAAGUGGUAUUGCAUCUGUUAAUGAUUUUGUUUUGUUGACUAAAGUACAGUAUCCUCACAGUGUUAUUGUUAUUUAUUGGUUGUGUUAUUACUAUUCUAAAUAGUCAUUUUUUUUAUUCUUCAGAUUGUUUUUAUUUUGGCUAUAUCAAAACAGCUAAUCGAGAGCUAUUUAAUUGCUUUUGCCUCGACAUACUGUAGUCAUCUGAGUCUUUAGACCCAUAUCCCACCGCCUGACACGAAAAGAGCUCCUAAAACUGGGCCUCAGUUCGUUACGCGUCUCUGAGUAGGAGUGCUAGGUACAGUUUUGCUUUUCAGAUCAUAAUGUAUAAGAUUACAUGGACAAGGUGGGAUCCGAGUUGAAUCUGGUGUGUUUGUCCGGGGCUACAACAAAGAUGUGUGCUGUUUGGGGGGGCAACAAUAGUCUGGGUAGCCAUUUGAUUAGAUGUUCAGGAGUCUUAUGACUUGGUGGUAGAAGCUGUUUAGAAGCCUCUUGGACCUAGACUUGGCGCUCCGGUACUUCUUUCCGUGCAGUAGGAGAGAAAACAGUCUAUGACUAGGGUGGCUGGAGUCUUUGACAAUUUUUAGGCACCGCCUGGUAUUGCCUCCUGGAUGGCAAGAAGCUUGGCCCCAGUGAUGUACUGGGGCCGUACACAUUACCCUCUGUAGUGCCUUGCGGUCAGAGGCCAAGCAGUUGCCAUACCAGGCAGUGAUGCAACCCGUCAGGAUGCUCUCGAUGGUGCAGCUGUAGAACCUUUUGAGGACCCAUGCCAAAUAUUUCCAGUCUCCUGAGGGGGAAUAGGUUUUGUCAUGCCCUCUUCACAACUGUCUUGGUGUGCUUGUUAAUUUGUUGGUGACGUGGACGCUCUCAACCUGCUCCACUCCAUUCCCGUCAAUGAGAAUGGAGGCGGGCUCGGUCCUCCUUUUCCUGUAGUCCACAUUCAUCUCCUUUGUCUUGACCACUCUGACGGAGAAGUUGUUGCCCUUGCACCACACGGUCAGGUCUCUGACCCCCUCCCUAUAGGCUGUUUCGUCAUUGUCUGAUCUAGGCUCAGAUCCCCCUUGUCCAUGUAAUCUUAUACAUUAUGAUCUGAGAAGCCAAAUGGAUCCUAGCACUCCUACCUGUCACUAGGGGACCUGAUCCUAGAUCAGCACUCCUACUCUGAGACGCUUUAUGAAUAGGGGCCCAGGGAUACUCGAGUACUGGAAUUGGGACAACACUCUGCUCUAGACAACUGCUGGUGCUCUGAACACACCGGUUCUGGUUAACUUACUGUGCAUGUAGGCUGUUUCUCUAUUAUAUUAGGUCCCUACAACUACAGAAAGUACAGCAAUGGUGUCCACUUACUUACAGUAAGUACAUCCGUAUUAAAUCGUGCAAUUCUGAAAUGUUACUUUGUUUCAGCUUUAUCAUGUUUUUUAACAUUUUUAUUUGAAUCCUUUUAUUUUCAGUUUUCAGCCUUUUAUUUGCAUUCUCUGCUCCUCCUUUUUCUGUCACUCAUACAGACCAAAACAUUUGUAUUUUAAUCAUUAUUUUUGCUACAGCUUACUGUGUUUGUAGUGUACAUGGUUGUUUGCAGUUUUUCUGUUUUGCCUCUUCUGAUUCUCAUUUAUUGUUCUGCUGCAUUAAGAAAAUCCCUUUACAGUCACGACGACUGUACACAGCAUUGAUGUGCUUAGCUAUAUUCCAUCUCUGCUUUCAGUACGGUAUAGUAUAUGCAGUCAGUGGCUUACUUUGCUGCCUGCUCUCAAACUGUGAAGUUUACCUAACACGCGUACAGUACUUGGCUAACCAAAGACAAAUGUUCAGAGGCUUUCGGUCGGUGUGUGCAGGUUGUUGAGAAGAUGAGUGCUUGUGUAGAGGUGCAACGAUGUACAAUGAAUUCCCCCCCACCCUCCCUCUGUGAUGAGAAAGAUAACCAACCAUUGACGCUCAAACCAAUUUUUCAGUUAGUUCUCAAGAUUGUUUUUCUAUAUCAUAUAAAAAUGGAUAUUCUGAUUAUACACGUCAUGUUUCUGUCUGAUCUGAGGAUGAGAAGCCUAUUGUUUUGCGUGUCUGUCUUUGCUGCUGGGAAAAGCACAGUCAUCCAUGACACAGCGGUACUGUGUUCAAACAAAGGACAUUAUAAGAACAUCUCUGGUUCAUACACACACUAUAUAGGUGAUCAAAGACAUACUGAGUGGAAGAGGACUCUUUUUACUUCAUAUUGUACUUUAAAGUAUUGCCUAUCUAUGACACAUUACCUGGGUCAUGCAGACAGUUGGACAUCUUCAAUGCAGUGUACAGUAUAUAGUGUUUCUUGUACAAUUAGCCUUUUCUACUAAUUUUUUGUUUUCUAUUUU